AUGGGUUUGGUCCAUUCAACUCCCGAUGAAGACGAUGACGAGAGCAGUUCAGAUAUGGAUUUAGACUCAAUAUCAAGGCUAGAAAGUGAAAGUAGACACCCUACUUCUUCGCUCGUCGAUGAGGAUCCGCAACCAAUACCAAACAUCACAAGACCAUUCACUGGUGCAUUUGCAGUGCUUUCCGAAGAACUAUGCUUAAUGCACCACGAGUCUUUUGAGCGUAACUGGAAGCAGUUAUAUAUAAGACUCGAUUCUGGCAUCACUGGCUGGAAAGGAUACGCUUUAGACCGAGCUACUAAUGGAUUCAAGCCAUAUCCGAUGGAAGUGCUUAUAACUGAAUCUGGUCAAUCAAGUGUUAAUGGAAUAAUGAAGCGUGAUAGUUUUUCUGGUGUAUGCAGGUGGUCGACACUUCGAGAUUCAUUGACCAGACUGGAAGGAUGUAUUGACAGUUCUGGGAGUGCAUCGCACAGAUUCAAGACCGACGUUUGGCUGGGAACCAGCAUACCGCAGCUAGUGACGUUCUCAGAGACUGAAAUAAUACGAGGUUCAGAGAUAGCGGUACCAAACAAGUAUGAAGGUAUUUGGUGUGGACCUUGUAUUGUUGGGAUUUAUGAUCCAGGUAUCCCCCAGUUUUUGGGAGCCUUCGCAGUAGUAGCUGAAGAAGCAUUACCGAUAUCACCAACUCAAUCUACGCCAUUGCGAACUGGUCAACUAAUGAGAGGUCUAUGCUCCAAUACCCGUUUUAAAGGCUAUCAAUGUGAACUAUGCAUCGUAUCCCAGACUACACAUGACACGUCAUCAUCAAUCCAAAUAUCACCAAUCUACAGUACUACAUUCUACGGCACCUUUAGGCUCAAUCCCAUUCACUGUAAAACAUUAUCGGAAAAUGUGUCCUCAGGACUGGGAUGUAGUGUGCAGAUUGAUCUACCUAUAUGUAUUACUAGUAAUGAUGGCGGUAUCACGUUUACUAGUGCACGAUUAAGCAAACCUGCUCGUGUACCUGGUGAACAUAAAGAUGAUGCCGAGAGAAAGGAACGAUGGUGCCUCGAGAAUAUGCCAUUCUCUUCAAUUGAUUUCCCAAUAUUGAGACAGGGCAAUGCAUUAAUUGGAUUCUUUAGACAGCCACGGGUCGCUGUAUCUAAAGAACUACAGAUGCCCGUCAUCGUAACCGAACAAAACCCUCAAGGUCUCGGCAAGACAGUAUCGGAGAUCGAUGUGUCAUUUGCCAAACUAAACAAACCCAAAUCCAAGUUCUCCAUGUGUAUCCCUGAAGUCAUGACCUAUCUCGCCGAAUAUGGGAUCGAGACUGUCAUUAUAUCCGGACUUGAGACACAUGUGUGUGUAUACCAGACCUCUCUAGACUUGCUAAACGAAGGCAUCAAGGUCGUCAUCUUGGCUGAUGGUGUAUCGUCCAUCAAUAAGGGUGAGAUCCCUAUCGCAAUUGAAGCUCUGAGGUCAAUGGGUUGUACUGUCGCAUCCUCGGAAAGCAUUAUGUUCCAGUUGCUGGGAGAUGCAUCGCAUGAAAAGUUUAAGGCUAUUCAAGGAAUCGUGAAGGAUUACAAGGAUAAGACCAAGCUCGCCAUUGACUCCUUUGCUCGCAUUUAA